AUGACGGAGCUGACGCAGCGCAAGGUGGGGCCCUCUCCGGCCUCGUCGCCGACGCAUUCGAGCGACGGCAAGGACGCGCGCGCCGUGCGCGUGACCGAGCUCGACACGCGCCCGGUGUGCGCGAACGAGGCGCCGCGGCGCUACGUGCAGCACGGGGAGCAGCUGCUGUCGUCCGGCUCGGGGCGCGUGCCGUCGGCCGCCGGCUGCCUGACGCUGUCCGGCCUGAGCCGCGAGCUGCAGGAGAUGUUCCUGCCCGCGGGCUACCCGGACAGCGUGAGCGAGGACUACCUGAGCUUCCAGUUCUGGGACACGCUGCAGGCCAUGUGCAGCUACCUGCGCGGCGUGCUGGCCACGCAGAGCGUGCUGCAGAGCGUGGGCGUGGGGGACGACAAGGCCACGCCGCUGGCCGCCGCGCUGCAGUGGGUGCUGCGCGACGGCUCGGGCAUGAUCGGCGGCCUGACGUUCGCCUACCUGGUGGGGCCCAAGUUCGACGUGAACGUCAAGCGCUGGCGGCUCUUCGCCGACGUCAUCAACGACGUGGGGCUCACGCUCGACAUGGUGGCGCCCUACUUCCCCACGCUCGUGACCGAGGUGUUGUGCGUUUCGAGCGUGUGCAAGACCAUGUGCGGCGUGGCCGCGGGCGCCACGCGCUCCUCGCUCAUGACGCACUUUGCUAAGAAGGACAACAUGGCCGACUGCGCCGCCAAGGAGGGCUCACAGGAGACGGCCGUCAAGCUGUUCGGCCUCAUGUUCGGCAUGUACUUCGCCAACGCCGUCAACUCGUCGCCUCAGGCGGUCUGGGUGGCGUUCCUGCUGCUUACGGUGAUCCACGUGUACGCCAACUACAACGCCGUGUCGUGCCUGUGCAUCCCCACGGUCAACUGCUCGCGCGGCCUGAUCCUCGUGCGGAGGUUCCUGGCGUCGGGUAAUAAGCCGGGCAAGGAGAACGUGGCCGACCAUAACGGACGGUACUCCAUUCGCAGCGUUAACCAGGAGGAGCCGAUUUUCAAAGACCCCGUGCUUCCGGUGACGAGCCACUUGGUCAUGGGGGCGGAGCUGCACCAGGCCGUCCCGUCCUCGCACGACCUCGACCGACUGCUGCAUAUUUACAGUGACGAGGCCUAUUUGCUGACUGUAGUGGGCGACCGCGUGCUCGUCAUGUUCCAAGCAGAGGCGAAGCCUAAAGACGAGCUCCGAGCGUUCUUCCAGGCCGUGCUGGUGCUGGAGGCUCUGGCCUCGGUGUCUCCUACUGCGUCGCCGCCUCCGUCUUCGAACGGUGGCACCAUCACGCAUCAGCCACUGCUCGAGUCUACACUUCGGAAGAUGACGGCCGACUUCUCGCUCUUCCAUCAAGUGCUGCAGAACAGCGGGUGGCGGACGCAUAUGUUCCUGCUCAACACUUCAACCUGGCGGAUCAAGAUCAGCGACCGGACUUGA